GCAAAUCAAAGCUGCAUAAACAUGGCACACCUUUUGAAGCGACGAUUUACAAUUGCAAUACAGCUCUUGUUUACCACAGAUCUAUUUUAAUUGUUUAGAAUUAUACCAAGUAAUUACAUUUAAAAAAAAUCACAUCAAUACUUGACGACAUACUUAUGGGAUGCGUUGGGGUCUGCAAGGGAUUAAAAAGGGAAUGAAGCAUUGGAGAUAUAGGAGCUCAGCCGGUUAUCGAUCAAAAGUCGAGAAAAGACUUCAAGCUCAUGGAUGGCAAACCCAGGAGGGUCUUCUUCUGAUGAAUUACCAUGCAGCCUACCGUCGUGGUGCCGACCCAAGGGAGUGAAGACAACACUAUCCAAAACUGGCUGUCCUGUCCUCGAUGAAUUGGCGGAAAGAAUUCACCAGUCGGGCUCCUGCUCUGGCCACCAGAGCCCGCGGCAGCAGAAGCAGUUGCAGCGGGGCAGUGGCAGCGGCAGCGGCAGUCUGCCGCGCGCGGCGCUGGCCAAUGCGGCGGCGCGCGUGGCCUCGAGUGGCGGCCAGCCGGCGGCGGUGGCCUCCUCGGGGCGCAGCCAGCCGCCGCCGCCGGCGCCCCUCUCCCGCAGCAGGUCGUUCCCGGCGGCGGCCGACGGCCGACUGCCCCAGGCCGGCUCCAGCAGCUCGGCUGACGUCGACCUGGACCAGGUCGGCGACGGAUGCUCAGCGGAGGCGGUGCGUCAGGCGGCCGACGGAGUGACCGCCGACGACCCCGACUUCAAGGAGACGGUGCCCUACCUGACCACCGUGUCGGACGGCCUCAAACAAGAGUGUCUGAAGCAGCUAAUAGCGCUCAAACAGAAGCUGCUCAGGGAGUUUGCCGAGGUGCUUUGUCUGAUCGAGAGGAAGUACACCCUGAAAUACGCCGAGAGCCUGUCUGAGGCUCGCGAACAACAGACCGUAGCCAGGUACUACCAGAUGGCAUACGAAAAGAACCGCAAGAUUGUCGAGAAGAUGGCAGCGGCCCUGUAUCAGCGCCGACUGCGGUGCCUGCUGCGGCGCUGCUUUAGCGCGUGGCACCGCGCCGCGCGCCAGGCGCGGGCCGGCAAGAACGGAGAGCAGCCGGACGAGCCGGACGGCCAGGCGGGCGGCGACAGCGACUGUAUCGACAUCGAAUACACGAGAACUGAGGAGAUCGGCACUAAAGUCUACGAGCGAAAGCUGACAGCGCAGCUGACCAAGGCGCUGGAGAGGGACGCGCGCGCCCAGGAGUGCCGAAAGUACCACACGGGCCCGCCGUGCCCGGGCAAGGUGUGUCGCUGUAAGCGGCAGGCCGAGCGGCAGCGGUACCGGCGCAUUGAGCAGCUGGAGUGCGAGCUGGAACUGGCUAAGCGGCGCGAGCAGCAGCUCAUGGAGCAGAAACACCUCGCAGAGACCAAAUAUCGGCAAGCAGUACUUCGUGGCAUGAGCGUUAUGAAGGACGGCGGUCUGGGCGACACGCCAACACCGUCCGAGUGCGCGCCCACCAAGACGACCACCAUCUGCCGGCGGCGGGUGGACAGCAGCGACUCGACGCUGCCGCCGGCGCGCAUCCGCCGCUCGCAGAGCGAGACCCGGCGCGGCUCCCCGCGGGCCGGCGGCGCAGGGGGUGGCGGCGCGGCGCGCGGCUGUCGCCGGCGGACCCGCUCGCGCGCGCCGCCCGCCUGCCGCGCCACCCAGACGCGCCACCUGUCGUGUGUGGCGCCGCUACCGCCGCAGGCCUGGCAGAGGAACGCCGAGUGCGUCACCUCAAAGACGCAGCGCCGGCCGCGCGUCAAGGUCUGCGCCGAGCGCCAGGGCCCGCGCAGAGCUGUGCUCGUCGAGGCUCGCAGCCGCGCGGCCGCGGCGUCGGCGGCCGACGCGCUGGACGGUAUUUCGGACUCGAGCAUCACAGUGACUAACUACAACGAGCCGAGCAGGAAGAUGGAGGUCACCGAAAAGUGGCGGCAUCUGUCGAGAAACUAGCGGCCCAGCCGCCCGGAUUGUGUCCGUGUCGCGUCGCAUGCACCUAACGAACGAUUGUCGAGAUGACGCUGGGGUCACCGUGCUGUGCUAGGUUUGAUAGUCCGCCAUGAUUGAUUUGAUUCAUUUGAUAACGCGCUAUGAUUGUGUGAAUAAAUUUAUUCAGCUAGC